AUGUCAACUGAAGUUGAAGAGGUCCGCUCCUCAAAAGAGGCUGCGGUGUCUCCAAACAACAGCAAGCCAGACUCUGAACAUGGGUCAUCGGAUUACUACAUCGAUCCUGUCAAAGAGAGCCGCAUGAUGCGGAAGUUCGAUCUCUUCGCAGUUACCGCCAUGGGAUUCCUUUACUUGAUGUCAAAUCUGGACCGAAGCAACCUAGGAAACGCCAACAUUGCAGGCCUUCCUGAGGAACUCAACCUCGUAGGCAACCAAUUCGGAACUGCAACGACAUUACUAUUUGCAACCUAUGUCCCUCUCGAAGGCCCUGUUGCCGUCCUACUAAAGGUCAUCGGCCCGAAGCCAAUCAUGGCCAUUUCCGCCUUUUGCUGGGGCUCGGCGACUCUUGGAAUGAGUUUCGCUAAAGAUUACCGAGCGUUAUAUGCCUGUCGACUCCUCAUCGGACUGUUCGAAGCUGGUCUUAUCCCAUGCAUCAACGUGUACUUGGGAUGGGUAUACAAGAAAUCCGAGCGUGGGAAGAGAUCUUCCAUGAUCUUUGCAUUCAGUGCCUUCUCCAGCGCGUUUGGUGGCAUCCUUGCCUACGGCCUUACACAAAUUCGAACGGACAAUUUCUCCGGUUGGCGGUGGCUCUUCGCCAUCGAGGGUGCAAUGACCUUCGUGAUUGUUCCUUGCUUCUACUUCGUCUUCCCCAAGUCCCCCACCGAGGCUUGGUUCCUCACGGCAGAGGAAAAGCAGAUGAUGCAAGCGCGCUACGAUGCCGAUCCGAGCUGGGGCAACGACGAGGAGUUCUCCUGGGCCGAGUGCUUCAAGGCGUUCAAGGACCCCAAAUGGUGGGCAUUCUGGGCGUACCAAUUUUCAGUCAACAUCUCUCUCUAUGGCUUGACUACCUUCCUUCCUACCAUUGUGAGGGGACUUGGAUAUACCUCUGUGCAUGCCAAUCUCAUGACCGUGCCUAUCUAUAUCUGCUCUCUGCUUUUCUUCUUGGUCAUUGCCUAUUUCUCAGACAGGACGCAGAUGCGAGGCCCAUAUCUUCUUGGCUGUUUGAUGUGCCUCAUCAUCGGAUAUGCCAUUCUUAUCAGUGUUGAGAACCUCAAGGUGAGGUUCUUCGCCUGUUUCCUUGCCGCUCUUGGAAUUUACCCAACGACGGGUCUCUCUACAAUGUGGCUGCAGGACAACGCCGCAAAGCACUACAAGCGAGCCACGAUGGUCGGAUUUAUGCUAUGCCUGGGAAACACAGCCGGUGUCGCCGUUGGACAGAUUUUUACCACGCCCACAGCCCCCCGAUACAUUCUUGGACUGUCGAUUGCCAUGGGCUUGGCUGCGUUCGCCGGUCUGAUUGUCAUUGUGCUUAUGGUCAGCUUCACUGUUGUCAACCGCAGGCGAGCUGCGAGACUUCUGGCUGCAGAGCAGGCAGGCACUCCUAUUGCGCCAAAUCCUGACUUGGGUGACUACUGUCCACACUUCAGGUAUUCCAUUUAG